UUUAACCUGAAAAAGCCAGUGGAUAAAGAGGAAAAUUACUACAUAAGUAACCCAAAAGAGGAAAACAAAACUCAGUGUGUUAUAUUUGUUUUCGACAGCUCGAAACCAAUAAAUGCAGAUGUCAAGUAUUUGCAAGAUAUGGAAAAAAUAAGUAGAGAGCUGUUUAAACAAGGUAUUCCAAGAAUUGCCGUGCUGACAAAGGUUGAUGAGCUGUGUUCGUUUGUAAGAGAUGAUAUAAGUUACAUAUACCAUAGCAAACCAGUUCGAGACAAGAUUCAGGCACUAAGUGAGAUCAUGGGGUUACCAAUCUCACAUAUUCAUCCUCUCAAGAACUAUACGCAUGAACAAUUCACCGAUGAUAUGAAGGACAUUCCAAUCCUUAUUGCCCUGAAGAGAGCGUUUGACUUUGCAAAUGAUUAUUUGGAGCAGCUAAUGGCUGGUGGUAAAUUGUCUUAA